CGCUGGGGGCACGUGGGCCGGUGGUCCGCGCACGCACCGCCUGCCCCGGAAGCGGUCGGCGCGCGCGGCGCGGCUGGGCUAUAAGAUGGCGGCGGCGUGAGUUGCAUGUUGUCCGAGAGUCCGGGGCCGCCGCCUCGUCGCUCAGGCCCCGUCAUGGCCGUCACCAUCACGCUGAAAACACUGCAGCAGCAGACCUUCAAGAUCCGCAUGGAGCCCGAGGAGACGGUCAAGAUGCUGAAAGAGAAGAUAGAAGCCGAGAAGGGCCGCGAGGCGUUCCCCGUGGCCGGCCAGAAGCUCAUCUACGCCGGCAAGAUCCUGAGCGACGACGUCCCGGUCCGGGACUACGGCAUCGACGAGAAGAACUUCGUGGUCGUCAUGGUGACCAAGGCCAAGGCUGGCCAGGGCUCCUCGGCACCCCCGGAGGCCUCCCCGACUGCCGCCCCGGAGUCCUCCUCGUCCACCGUCUGCCCACCGGCCCCCGCCUCCGGCAUGUCCCAGCCCCCAGCAGCCGACAGAGAAGACAAGAGCCCAUCCGAGGAGUCGGCCCCCACGACGUCGCCCGAGUCCGUGUCCGGCUCUAUUCCCUCUUCAGGUAGCAGCGGGCGAGAGGAAGAUGCAGCCUCCACGCUAGUGACUGGCUCUGAGUACGAGACGAUGCUCACCGAGAUCAUGUCCAUGGGCUACGAGCGGGAGCGGGUUGUGGCCGCCCUGCGGGCCAGCUACAACAACCCCCACCGGGCUGUGGAGUAUCUGCUCACGGGGAUCCCCGGGAGCCCCGAGCCGGAGCACGGGGCCGUGCAGGAGAGCCAGGUGUCAGAGCAGCCGGCCACCGAGGCAGCAGGAGAGAACCCCCUGGAGUUCCUGCGGGACCAGCCCCAGUUCCAGAACAUGCGGCAAGUGAUCCAGCAGAACCCAGCCCUGUUGCCCGCGCUGCUGCAGCAGCUGGGCCAGGAAAACCCGCAGCUGCUGCAGCAAAUCAGCCGGCACCAGGAGCAGUUCAUCCAGAUGUUGAACGAGCCCCCAGGGGAGCUGGCCGACAUCUCGGACACGGAGGGGGAGGUGGGCGCCAUAGGCGAGGAGGCCCCACAGAUGAACUACAUCCAGGUGACGCCGCAGGAGAAGGAAGCUAUAGAGAGAUUGAAGGCCCUGGGCUUCCCCGAGAGCCUGGUGAUCCAGGCCUACUUCGCAUGUGAAAAGAAUGAGAACUUGGCUGCCAACUUCCUUCUGAGUCAGAACUUCGAUGAUGAGUGAUGGAUGCUGGGAGGCCGGGCCGCCACUGUCCCCCUGCCUGCCCG